GGCAAAAUAGAUUGCCCGAAAGCUUCCAACGAGCUUUUUUCCGCUUCAUCUUUGCUGUUACAUGUCAUGCUUGUCGGACCACACGCGUUUGUCUGUCGGAGCUGACCUGCUUUGGUUGUUUACAGAUCGUGUAACACAGCCUUGAAUGACAGCAUGUCUAGCAAUGAACCGUUGCCAUCGUCCGUUCAGCCAAUUCACGAUUGGCGUUUUCCCUUGGGGAUCGAGUUAGUUAGACCGUGAUUUCUGCUUGAAAGACUCAACCUCGUAUAUAUGUUCGUCCAUGUUUGUAAGUUGCUUGCUGUACUCGAUUUCUGGUUGGGGGCAGUAAACCCCCCGUGGAAGUGGCGCACUGCUUCAUGUGUCACUCCAAGGCGAUAAUAGCGGAUCUGCUCCCCUGUCUCAGGAGUGUCACACCGCAGAGAGGCGGCCCACACGUCUUGUUCUGGCUUUCCCUCCCGCGAAACGAUGUCUCAUCUGUGCGAAUCGUCCGCACAGCCCAACUUUCCCUGGCACGCAUUUCCGCCUCAGGUUGAGUGGGCCGUAGCCUACGGCUCUUCGUUUUUUCGUCAGUCAAUGAAAUGCCAGCAAUCGGAAAAAGAUAGCGGGCAACUCGGUCUUUCUCUAGGGACUGCUCCUUCUGUGAGUAAGUGCACGCUCCCCACAGAUGCUCUGCCUUCGUCUUCCUCCCCCGCGUCGUCCUCGACCACUUCGUCGUCGUUGAGGGAUUACUUGCUUUUAGUCCCUGCAAGCGCCGUGAAAGCCUUCCACGAAGAGAACCUUCGUAUUAACCCACACCAUUAUUCUUGGGUCUUCCGUCUCUCCGGUUCCAAAGCAAUUGAACGCUACCAGCGACUAGGCCAUGGCGUCGAGGUGUUCUAUAAUACUCUGGUUCGCCUUCCGCCUGACGGACAGCUGGCCAAAUACGGUGUUACAGCCAUCGAGGAUCUUCAGGCGGAGCUAACCGAGUGGACGUCGCUCUUUUUCAGCGGCCGGCUUCAGAAACCUGUGCAUUUUUUCUCUCCAAAGGGCAGUUACGUGACAGAGGCGCCGUUCUGGAAACAUCUACAGGAAAACCGUCUAAAUGCGCUCCGCGUCGCACUUCUGUUGCAGAGAAAGGCUGUCUUUCCGUUUGUCGAUGUCCUGUAUGCAAUCUGUGGACUUUCGUACACAGGCGAUAUUCGCAUGGCGUUUGUGGAGAACCCUCGGAAAAUUUCUAAUAUGGUAGCUGGCCAGACCAUCCAGCUCUUCUCGUUGUACUAUCCCCUUUUGACGCAUAUUCCCGGACUAAGCCUCAGAACACAGACGAGUCACGAGCAGUGCGCAGCCGUAUGCCGUCGCUGGCACCCGGACGGUCCGAAUGCUGUCAGCUGUGGGUUGUCGACGGACUUGAUGGACUCCUUUGCAUGCAAACGCAACUAUUCAAGAGAGCUCAACACUGGUGAUGAAAGAAAUUCGAAAAAUCAUGACCUUGGACGUGAGGAAACAAGAGCUGUACGAGCUCACCUAGAAGGGAAUGGUGCUACCAGUUACAUAGAAGAUGACGCAGCGCAAUUGUGCGAGGAGAUUCUUAGAGGACGGAUGCUGGUGGAGAUCGAAGGCUCUCUUUCGGACCCGUCUCGGUUUCAUGCCUUCCGUGGGUCUCUUUUUGACACUCUACCUCCGCUUCUCCGUCAGAGACUUCAUCUUGGUAAUGACGACAAGUGUGAGUGCAGCAAUUUUAACUAUCCACGCACGAACUGCAUGGCUUUGCUGGGAAGUGGAGGAUAUUCCGAUCAUAGUGAAGUGAGUGGUGCACUCACAAAUUUCACUUUCUCGACUGCCCUCAUUAUGUUGUUUUGGGGUCGCCUCCGUUGUGUUCGCCUGAAUGGUUAG